AUGGAAUUUCUUGCUUGCAGCCUGCAACAGGAGAGGAUGUACCAGAUGCACCGGGGCCACGAGUCCAUGCACGUGGAGAUGAUCCUGAUCUUCGUCUCUGCCCUGGUCGUCGCCCAGGUGGCACUGGUGCAGUGGAGACAGAGGCAUGGCCGCUCCUACAACCUGGUGACUUUGCUGCAGAUGUGGGUUGUGCCUCUCUAUUUCACCAUUAAGCUUUUCUGGUGGCGGUUUCUGUCUCUGUGGGGCAUGUUCUCUCUUGUCACCAGUUAUAUCCUCUUCAGAGCCACCCGAAAACCUCUCUCAGGAAGAACGCCACGAUUGGUCUACAAAUGGUUUCUUCUCAUCUACAAAUUGAGCUAUGCCUUUGGUGUGAUAGGCUAUUUGGCGAUCAUGUUCACAAUGUGUGGAUUCAACUUACUUUUCAAAAUCAAAGCCAGGGAUUCCAUGGAGUUUGGCAUCGUUUCCUUGUUCUAUGGCCUCUACUACGGGAUAAUGGGGAGAGAUUUUGCUGAGAUCUGCUCGGAUUUCAUGGCUUCUACUAUUGGGUUCUACAGUGUCAGCGGGAUGCCCACCAGGAGCCUGGCAGACAAUAUCUGUGCCGUGUGUGGGCAGAAGAUCAUCGUGGAGCUCGAGGAAGAAGGGCUCAUUGAGAACACCUACCAGCUCCCAUGCAAUCAUGUCUUUCAUGAAUUCUGCAUCCGAGGCUGGUGUAUUGUUGGGAAAAAGCAGACCUGCCCAUACUGCAAAGAGAAGGUGGAUCUGAAGAGGAUGAUCAGCAAUCCCUGGGAGCGCACACAUUUUCUGUACGGACAGAUCCUGGACUGGCUUCGUUACUUGGUGGCUUGGCAACCUGUGGUGAUUGGAAUAGUUCAAGGCAUUAACUAUUCACUAGGGCUGGAAUAGUGCAGCAGACUUACCCCAGAAGCAAUGGACAGCAUGGCUGGAAUAUUUUUAAAUCCUUGGUCCUACAUGCAAUAUUAAUAUUUAAUUUUAGAGAUAAUCUUCAGAAUACUACAAACAAAAAUAAACUAAAAUAUAAUAUUUGGUGUCACCCUAGAGCAAUUUAUCUCUGGAAAUAACUGAAGAGAAACUGAACAAUGGAUUCAACAAAUAAAAGAUGCUGUUUCAUCUUUUUUCUUA